GCCCACGUUGCCGCAACGUUUUCAUUCAUGAAAUGCCAGCCCUCUAAUCCGGGCUGAUGUCUCAUGCAAAUAAUAAAUAGGAUAUUGAUUAUUUCGGGCGGAAAUCUCAGCUCGCGGCUUAAGCGGACGUCACGAUAUAUUUAGAGCUAAAAUUAAUCAUUUUGAUCGUUAUGGAAAUGUAGGCAGCGCCGCGCCGCCGCGCCGCCACCGCGGUGGCUCCUGCUUUAGUCACGGAACCAUCAUCUUCAUCAUCAUCACCAGCGCCUCCGUCCAAUUAACAAACAAGUUCUGGCGAGGAGGCGAAGCUCUGCGCCUUUUUUUUGCAUCUUUAAUUAUCGUCAUUUAGUGGCGCGAGUGCGGCUUUCACGUCUCGAAAAGAAAAAGAAGAAUAAGAAAAUAAAAAUACACGAUUAGUUGUUAAUACACAGUGGAGUAAUAGUCAAGAUAUUUUGCUUCAGAGCACUGCGGGGGACAACAAGGAUUCACGAUGUGGUGUGUGUGUGCGUGUGUGUGGGUGUGUGUAAGGAAGAAGGAGAGAAAGAGAGAGAGAGAGGGAGAGAGAGAGAGAGAGAGAGAGACCUGCAUGAUGCCAGUAAACCAUUCACGUGUGUCUCCCAGCAGGUGACCAUGCAGCACUGGAUUCAAGCAACUCCUGUAAAACAUAAAUGUGUGAAAGUUUAUUCAGAUUCAUUUAAAACCCUAAAGAAAAAAAAAGAAGAAGAAAGAAAGAAAGACAGAAAGAAAGGCAGACAAGUUCGAAUUGCAACACAUCCUUGAUUUACCUGCAGGUUUGAAUAACAAACCAUAUUUGUGCUGGUAACAGACACGUCAACACUUCCAAAAUACUAGGACGGUACGAUUUGUGGGUUUUCAUUCAUAGAAACCUUGUUGGUGGGGGAGAAGGGACAGAGAGGGCUUAACAGGACAGAAGUAAUGUAUCCCCUGCAUGAUGGUGUGUGUGCGUACGUGUGUGUGUUUCUGAGGUGGGGUAUAUCUGAGGCUUAGAAAACUAGUCUGCUGUGGCUGCCUCAUGAUUACAUUAAAGGUUAUUGUCAUCACAGGAGGGAUGACAUUAGCUCCUGACUUCAGCAUCCGUUUAAAGGACCCAAUUGACUGGGUUUGUCAAGCUCCCUCAAAGUCUUCUCCAGCUUCGGCUCUCGACUCGUUUGACGUCACUCGGCCUCUUACAAAAUGCUUCCCUGGUUGACGUGUUUGCUCCUUGAGCAGGAAUGCAAUUCCACUUUGAUCAAAAUACCCUCGUCGCCUCCCUUUAUCCAGAGCGAAAAUGACAUUUCACAAAAUGUCAUUUCGCCUGUGUGACACUGCUCUUUCCCCCCUUGCACAAGGAGGCAUAAUUCUACUUGUUGAGUGGAGCUUUCGGUGGCGUGGACCUGUCAGCUUCAAGCCGCCAUUGGCAAGAGGAGCCUUGAAAGGUUGUACAGGCGUGUGGCGUUGUCAGCUCUUGUGAUAGGCUCUUUUUCUGCAUGCUACGAAGUCAGAAUCCGGCUCCAAAGACCCGCAAAGACAGGAGAUCUCAUUCAAAAACACGGAGUGCUGAGAGAUUCUGUAUCUCAAGAAAGUCCAGCAUCUCAUAUCAAGUAAAAGAAUGUUCUUGGUUUCCUUAUUAUAGAUUGCUAUGUGAUCAGUGAAAAGGAAGCUUAUUGUCCCUUAUUUUCAUUCAGAAAUCCCAGACUGAUCCUUCUCACGAUGAACCGCCUUCAGUAGUGCCGUAGUUGCAAAAAAUGUAAGAGAGACCAGGCUGUUGUUUUUGCUCCUCUAAUGAGAUGCCAAGUGAUUUAUUUAUGAAUUACUUGUUGGGAACAGCCCCCCCUGUGCGGAGUGCAUUUUUCUCUUUUCUGUAAAAUCCUCUUUGGAGUCAUGUCGCUCAGUGAUUGCUGAUGCAACUCUUUGUCAUCCAGAGUUCGCCCUCACCUCCUGUGUGCCUUCGGGGAGGGCUAUAUCUAUCCUGGCAUGUCCCCGGGUGUGUUGGAGGUGGGAGUGACUCAUUAAGCAGGUGUGAGCAUCCUCUCCCAUACUGCCGCAUGCCAAACAAGAGCUCCAUGCAGGGAAAAAAAAGUCUUGAUGGCAAUACAGCAAAAACGCAUCACAAUUAAUCUUUGCACCAGUCUGGGGCCAAGCCAGGGGGAUAACUAGCCAUCCCUGCAGUGUGCUUUCUUUCACUCUCUCUCUUUCUGUCUCUCGUUCAUCUGAGGUGGAAUUUCCAAGUGUUCAUCGUCACCUUUGAAAGGCCCGGCAUCCACUGACAUCUUCACUUGAAUCCAGUUGAAGGAGUUCCACCAGGUUAGAAGAGUGAUGACCAUCCUGUUCCUUACUAUGGUUAUUUCAUACUUCAGUUGCAUGAGAGCUGCGCCCCUGAGAGACGCCCCGGGCAUGCGGGGCCAUCGGACGGAAGGCUACCUGGGCGCUGCUGCGACGGCCCCCCGGGGCCACGGGACUCCACAGAGUGGCGGCGGGCCGGGCCAGCGCGAGGAGCUCCCCUCGCUCACAGACACGUUCGAGCAGGUGAUAGAGGAGCUGCUGGAAGUGGAGGGUGAGGCGGCGCAGCUGGGACAGGGGGCCGACAAGAGCCAGGGAGGUGGGGGCCCGUCGCCCGUGACCACCGCAGAGGCCAAGGAUGUCGAUCUGUACAACUCGCGGGUGAUGAUCAGCAACCAAGUGCCUUUGGAGCCGCCGUUGCUCUUUCUCCUGGAGGAAUACAAAAACUAUCUGGAUGCUGCGAACAUGUCCAUGAGGGUGCGGCGGCACUCCGACCCCUCGCGGCGCGGAGAGCUCAGUGUGUGUGACAGUAUUAGCCAGUGGGUGACAGCUGUGGAUAAAAAGACGGCAAUAGACAUGUCUGGGCAGACAGUAACCGUCAUGGAGAAGGUCCCUGUCCCCAAUGGCCAACUGAAGCAAUACUUUUAUGAGACCAAAUGCAACCCCAUGGGGUACACAAAGGACGGCUGCAGAGGAAUAGACAAGCGGCAUUAUACGUCCCAAUGCAGGACAACCCAGUCCUACGUGCGAGCACUCACCAUGGAUAGCAAAAAGAAGAUUGGCUGGCGGUUUAUAAGGAUAGACACUUCAUGUGUAUGCACAUUGACCAUUAAAAGAGGGAGAUAGUGUAUAAAAUGUAUAGAUUUUAUUGAAGAGUUUAAAAAAGAGAAUAAAGAGAAAAUAUCUAUUUGUAUAUAUACAUAACAGGGUAAAUUAUUCCGUCAAAUGAAAAUUUUAUGGACUGCAUGUAAAAAAAGAUGAAGUUUAUACAGUAAAGUGAUACUACAGUCUAUUUAUUGAACAUAUUCAUGACCUUGUAAACAAUUAAAAAAAAUCUGAUCAGUCA